AUGGAUCCCCGACCAAUUUAUUUCAAGACAACCUUACAUGAAAUUUUGUUCGUAUUUGUCAUAUGUAUGGCACAACUCUUAGCCCAAGGAGGUAUAACCAUGUCGUUAACGCCCAUGAAUAUAAUCCUCGAUUCGUUUGCGGAGAAUUCGGAUUCAAUAGAGGGUUCAGAGAGGGUUUGGUUUAUGGGUUCAUUUGCGCUAACUGUGGGUACAUUCAUAUUAAUUUCGGGUAGAUUAGGUGAUUUAUUUGGAUUGAAACAAAUGCUAUUGGUCGGCUGGGCAUGGGUUGUAGUCUGGGCAAUAGUCACAGGGCUUUCUUAUUAUAGCCAUUCAAUCAUAUUUUUCAUAAUCUGCAGAGCGUUCCAGGGAAUAGGAUUUGCACUUAUAUUACCUUGUGCUUUGGGAAUAUUAGGUAAUAUUUACCCAAUAGGUGAUAGAAAGAACUUGGCAUUUGGUUGUGUUGGUGCAUCUGGACCAGUUGGUGCCACAUUUGGAGCUAUAUUUGCAGCAAUACUUGCCGAGUUAGCAUGGUGGCCAUGGGUGUUUUGGAUAUUGGCCAUAGUUGCCUGCUUGUUGGGUAUAACAUCGUUUUUCAUCAUUCCAAAUAAUAUUUCAAACGUGAAUAGUGAGCUUGAUACAAGAGAAAAAUUAAAGAGAAUGGAUAUAUUAGGUUCUACUUUUGGUAUAGUCAGUUUGGUGAUAUUCAAUUUUGUGUGGAAUCAAGGGCCUGUAGAAGGUUGGGAUACACCCUACAUUAUCGUGCUUUUAAUUAUAUCAUCAAUUGGAAUUAUAUCUUUUUUCUACAUUGAGUUAAAAGUUGCCGAAUAUCCAUUAUUACCAAAGUCAAUCUUCAAUUUUAAAAUUGGCCUUUUAUUGCUGUGUAUCAGCUUUGGCUGGGGCUCCUUUGGUAUAUGGCAAUAUUACUACUGGAGUAUCGUAUUAAACUUGAGACAAUACACGCCAAUUGCAGCUGGUUUGACCUACAUCCCAUUUUUUGUGUUGGGUAUUAUUGCAGCACUUUCUGUUUCCGUCUUGAUUUCCAAAAUAAAACCUUCAUACAUUAUUUGUUUUGCCUCAGUAUCCUUCAUGUGUGGGUGCAUUAUGUUAUCCAUUAUGCCUGUUGAUCAAUCAUACUUUCAAAUCUCUAUGGGCCAGAUGUUUUUGUUAGCGUGGGGAAUGGAUCUAAGCUAUCCUGCGGCGGCCUUGAUUCUAUCGGAUUUCUUGCCUCUCCAUCAUCAAGGAAUGGCAGGUUCGUUGGUAUCAACCGUAGUUAAUUAUUCUGUUUCCUUGUUUCUAGGAAUUGCAAGUACUGUGGAAAUACAAACGAUGCAGCAUCAUCAUAAUACGCUAAAAAGUUAUAGAGCCGCGAUCUACAUGGGCAUUGGCGUGGCCUUCCUCGGAGUUUUAUUUGCUAUUAUUUUUAUAGUAGCUCAACAUACUAAAAACGAUCCCGAUCCUGAGAUUACGGUUGUUAAAGAGCCUUCAAUCACAGAUGUUGACUCGAAAGAAAUAAAAGUACCACUCGAUAUAUAG